AUGCUCGUUCUCUUCUACUGUCUCCUGAUCCUUCUCUUCACCUCUCUUCCAUCACUGGCCGAAACCAAACCUUCAGGUUUCACCACCCAUCUCAUCCAUCGCGACUCCCCCUCAUCUCCAUUCCACAACGCUUCCGCCACCAAGCAUGAUCUCUUACGCGCUGCCUUCCGCCGCUCCUCUUCCCGGAUGAACCACCUCCUCCGCCUCGCGCGCCCGCGCAGAAAUACCGGCAUAGGGACCAUCAUCUCCGAGUCCGACGGGGAGUACCUCAUGAAGCUCUCCUUCGGCACCCCACCGGUGUACGAAGCUCUACUCAUCGCUGACACCGGCAGCGACCUCAUAUGGCUCCAAUGCUCCCCCUGCACCCUCUGCUUCGCCCAAGGUGCCCCAUUUUUCAACCCCGCUAACUCCUCCGGGUACAGAGUCUAUUCCUGCAAUUCGGACCCUUGCAAGGCACUCCCCAGAUACGCCUGCGUCAAUGAAAAUAAAACCAACCCGGAAGACAUUUGUGGGUACUACUACAGCUACGGAGACGACUCCUUCAGCGUUGGGUUCCUUUCUAAAGACAUCAUCGCCUUGAACUCUUUCACGCGUCGGGUCUACACCUUCCCUGGAUCUAUUUUCGGGUGCGGGCACAUCAACGGAGGUAUCUCCCCAAGCAGAGCGUCGGGUCUGGUUGGUCUCGGCGGCGGACCCUUAUCAUUGAUUUCCCAGUUGGGCGCAAAAAUCAACAACAGAUUUUCCUACUGCCUUCUCCCGUUUAGUUCGAGUUCGAACCGGACGAGCAAGUUGAGUUUCGGGAAAGAAAAGAUCGCCGGUGAGAGUGGCGCCGUUUCGACUCCUCUCGAGUCUAGAGACCCUGACAAAACGUUCUACUACGUUACUCUGCAGGGUGUUACGGUUGGAGGGAAUACGUUUCGGUCAACAGUGAACGGGAGCAACGAGUAUAUCAUAGUAGAUUCGGGGACAACAUUGACGUAUCUAGAAACGAACUUGUACAAUAGCGUGAAAGCAACCGUGAAAAGAAUGUUCAGCCAUCUUUCGCCAAUUAAGGAUCCAGAUGUUCCGGACGGGUUGUGCUAUGGAACGGACCCAAGGCGGGUUAAGUUGCCGGACAUGGUGUUCCAUUUUAAGGGCGGGGCUAACCUUCUGUUGAAGGCGGCGAACGUGUUUCUGACGGUGGAGAACGAGUUUUGCCUGGCAAUACUACCUGGGACAGAGUUGUCCAUAUUUGGGAACGUGGCGCAGGCCAACUUUGAGGUGGAAUUUGACAUUAAGAAUAGGCUAGUGUCUUUUGCCCCAAAGGAUUGUGCUACAGUGUAA